UUGAAGUAAUAGAACUGAAAGUUAAAGGGAAAUGAAUUGUUUUCUUGCUAUUUUCAGUUGCAGUUUUCACUGAUUCUCAUGAUGUAAAUACCUUUGCUCCAUUUCAAUUAUGUAAAGAUUAUUAAGUGUACCGUUAGGUGUCUCAUAUAGAAGAUGUAGGGCUAAAAUAUCAAAUAAAAGUUGAUAAGUUGAGCAUGAUUGCACUGGCCCAUGGGAAAAAGAAUUAUAACAAAGGGCGGAGAGUAUGAUGGUCAUGACUCAUGUCUGGUAGUUUACCUUCAGAAGUGGUUGAUUUUUAUAUCAUGAACUAAUUUAAACAUGUGUACGUAAUAUUGUAACAUGUUUCACUCUGGUUCUAAGUCAAUCUAUACUUGACUUGCAGUUGGCUGGGGAUGCUUCCUGGAACAUGGGCUUAUGUGAGCGCUGGUGCAUUUGGGCGAGCCAUAAUUCAAGAAGAAUCUGAGCUUGGUUUACCUGGAGGAAAUGGUCAGCUACUGACACUAGGGUUUGGACUGUUAGCCACAGCAUUGGCUGCUGCUUAUGUUACACGAUUAGCGAAGGAUGCUGUAAAAGAUAUCGAUUAGCCUAUUCGGAUUAGGAGAAGUGUCUCAGUCUGCCCAUGAAUUCUACACAAGAUAUUUCAAACUUUAAAAAAGAUCCAAAAAAUAAAAAAAAGAGAGGGAAAAAAAAUAUUUCACUUCCUGUAAUUAUUUAACUUUUUGGCAAAAUUGAAUAGGAAAUGUUUUGAUUUUUGUUCUUAUUAUUAAUCUUAAAUUGUAUAAUUAAUCCGUGAUAAUAAUAUGCUAGUCACUGUUCCGGGCUUGAUUAGCUUUUGUUGGUAUCACCAUCUCCACGUGUCUUAUGCUGAGCAUUGACAAGUGCCUCCUCCGUUGUCCAAAUUACACUUUAAAUAACAUGCAAUAAUUAUUAUUAUUUUUUAUAUUUUUUUUCUCCCAAAUUUAUUUUUCUAUUUUGGUGCUAAGACUUUCAUUCAGCCAGCUGGUCAAACGAAAUAGCUCAAACUCUUUCCACGACCUCACCUUUGCAUGCAAAUCUCAUCCUUUCUUGCGCCAUCUGUCGUGGCUUAAAGCAAAAAACAAAUGCUAUGAAAUCAGUCUGCUAGUGGUUCUUUGUCACCGAUUAACACCAAACGAAAGGAAACCGUUCUCCAUCAAAACUUCAAAAAUGGCGACAACUCACGCACGAGUCCCCGGCCAGCCAACCCCGACGGGCAUGGCCAUCCUCGAGACCGCAACAGCCACAGUCCAGAGCUUCAGCCCCAUCAACAGCAUCCACCAGCACCUCUGCGCCUUCCACUUGUACUCUCACGACAUGACCCGUCAACUGGAAGCCCACCACUUCUGCGCCCACCAGAACAAAGAGAUGCGCCAGUGCCUCAUCUACGACAGCCCCAAGGCCGAUGCAAAACUCAUCGGCCUCGAGUACAUCAUCUCAGAGCUCCUCUUCCUCACCCUCCCCGACAACGAGAAGCCGCUUUGGCACUCGCAUGAGUACGAGGUGAAGAGCGGCGUUCUCUUCCUGCCGGGUCUACCGGGCCCCAUCCAGAGGCAGGACCUGGACAAGGUGUGCAAGACGUACGGGAAGACGAUUCAUUUUUGGCAAGUGGAUAGGGGGGAUGAGUUGCCACUUGGGAUUCCGCAGGUUAUGUUGGCGUUGACCAGGGACGGUCAACUGCGGCCGGAGCUUGCGAUAGAUGUUCAGAUGAGGUACGGGGUGAGCUUCGAUGAGGAGAGAGAGAAGCGAGCUUACAUGGAGGGGCCGAAGCUUGGGGUGCAUCCUUUGGCUAAUGGAGGAGGGAAAGGGUUGAAGACUGAGCUCAGGGAGACCGACUGCAUGCCUGUAGAUUCUGUUCCCAGGGUCUUUGUUUGAGUCCACUGUAUAUAUAUGUAUGUAAAAUAAAGCUUCUAUAUGUUUUUUCAGUGUAAUUUUCUGCUUCUGUAGGCUGUAUAUAUAGGCACUUACAAAACUUUUCCAUUUUUUGUAGUUUUUAAUUUUUUUUUU